UCUAGUUCAAAUAUUCAACAUCUUAUUAUUCUUAUUCUUUAAGAUGGGUAUUCAAUUGAUUGGAAUAUCUCACGCCAAGCAGAAGCUUCAAAGAAGCUUAUCAGCAAAAAUCGCGAGCCUCUUGGCCAUGUCAGGUAAUAAUGUCCCAAAGGGUCAUGUAGCCGUCUACGUGGGGAAGACUUACCAAAGGAAGAGAUUUGUGAUACCUAUAUCGUAUUUGAACCAUCCAUUGUUUCAAGGUUUGUUGAACCUGGCGGAAGAAGAGUUUGGGUUCGAUCAUCCCAUGGGAGGUCUAACCAUCCCUUGCACUGAAGAUUACUUCACUGCUCUAGCUUCUAUUCUAAGUAGUUCAUGAUGAAGGAGCUCAUUAAUCA